UCAAUUAGCAUCGAAGAAGGCCGUAGACUGCAUAAUAUUCGAAUCCAGCUAUUGCUUGACGUCAAAGUAAGGGAAGACCAGGCGAUAGACGAGCGUGAAAAUCUUCUAAAGAAAUCGCUGGGAAAGCAGUCCAAGUCCCGAAUUCAGGAAUCCGAUACCAAGCAGCAAGUUCGCGUCCACGAGGAGUGCUUACGCGCCCAGCAAAAAGAGGCCGAGGAGAUCCGUUUGCGGAGAUUACAAAAUCCAAAUUAUCAGCCCCCGACAAAAAAGGAAAUUCAGCUUCAAAAACGACUAGUUCGCCAGCAGCAAGAGUACCUCAAGUAUCAGCAGUUCCCGCCGGGACCCAGGCACCCUCUGUGCCAGCAAAAGAUGAUGCAUAACGAAAUGGUGAGCUUACCGGUUGGAAAUUUAAACGGCGGCUUAAAGGCCACCAGCACUGGAUCCGGAGUGGGCACCAGCAGUGUCGUCUCCUCGGCGGUGCUGGCCAAUGCUCCACGAGUUUACCUAACGCCCACUGCUACAUUUAUGGCCAAUCGCCAAGCGGCGGCGGCGGCAGCAGCAGCGGCAGCGGCCGCACAAGUAACUGGAAAGAUUGGAGGCGCCACUAUAGUCGGUGUGGGUUCUGCUACCUCAUCCAGUGCAGCGACAGUUGCCUCCUCCGGCACAGUUCGUUAUUUUUCGCAAUUUAGCAAACUGCAAACGACCGGUGGCAACGGGGCACCACCAUCACCCACCGUGCAAAAGAAAUUGGUCAAUGGGGAUACCAUUGUGCUGUCCAAUGGCACCAAAAGCCGAAUCUUGACCAGCAACAGUAGCAGCAGCAGCGGAGUUGUUACAACAGCAACAGCAGCAACAAGAUCAGCAGCUGCAGUUGUAGCUUCCACGAAUGGCGGCAUCAGCGGGAACCGUUGCCUCAUAACGAACAAAAUGGAGCCACUUGUGUUGAAUGAACCUGUGAUCAAGAACAACGAUGAUGAUGAUGAUGCCGUAGAGAAGGAGCCUGAGGCGGCCAGCAUCCUGCAGGAACAGCCGCUGGAGCUGGUGGCGGGCAAUUCAUCCGAUGGCGAUGAGCCGGAACUGGACAUAACCAUCAAUAAUGUAGUCUGCUCGUUCAGUGUUCGCUGUCACUUGAAGCUGCGCGAAAUUGCCUUGAAUGGCUCCAAUGUGGAGUAUCGACGGGAGAAUGGGAUGGUGACGAUGAAGCUGCGACAUCCAUAUACCACGGCCUCGAUUUGGUCUUCCGGCAGGAUAACGUGUACGGGCGCCACCUCUGAACCAAUGGCCAAGGUCGCUGCCCGUCGCUAUGCCCGAUGUUUGGGCAAAUUGGGCUUCCCAACUCGUUUCCAAAACUUUCGCAUCGUUAACGUUUUGGGCACCUGCAGCAUGCCCUGGGCAAUCAAGAUUGUUAACUUUUCGGAACGGCAUCGGGCUAAUGCCAGCUAUGAGCCGGAGCUGCAUCCGGGAGUCACAUACAAAAUGAUUGAACCUAAGGCCACCCUCAAGAUCUUCUCAACGGGGAGCAUAACCGUGACAGCGGCCAGUGUAAAUGAUGUGGAAUCAGCGAUUCAACACAUUUAUCCGCUGGUCUAUGAGUUCCGCAAACAACGUUCACCCGAGGAGCUGCAGCAUUUGCGGCAAAAGCAACGUCGUCUCACCGGCGGCGUUGAUCCCAAUGAACUGGAAGAGAUUAUCGCUUCGGAGAAUAAGGCGGCGGCCGUUAAUGAUAUAUUUGUGAAUACAACGACUGCCCAUACGACCAAGACGACGACUGAUGGUACGGAUCAAGUCAAUACCAUAGCCACUGCCGCUGGCACCUCCUCGAUUAAUACUGUUCAGCGGUCGAAGCAAUUGGAGAGCUACCGCAAUAUGAUGCAGCAGACGCAGGAGGAGCGACGCCAUAUACCGUUCCACGGUAGCACUACCACCGCCACUGCCUUGAAUGCUAGCAAACCCUCAACCUCUGCUGCUGCUACUGCUACUGCAUCAUCUUCGUCGUCGUCAUCGACGACAGACAAUAUUUGUGCCAGUGCCCGUCGAAGGGCCACCGAAUGCUGGGCCACCAAGCUUCAGAAUAAGCGGCCGCGAUACAAUGCAGCUUCAACUGCAUCCACUAAUAAUUCCUUCUCCAACGUUGCCUCCACAUCAGCCCAAGCUCAAGCCCAAAGCCAAGCCCAAGCCCAAACCCACCUGCGAAAUCCACUUAAGACAGCCGCCCUGGCAAAUGCCAGAAUGCGUGGCACUGGCCAGACGCCUAUGAAUCUAGCGUUGAAUCCUAGCAGCAGCUCCUCCUCCUCCUCAGUCGCCGCCGCUUCCCGUCUGGUCGCCAGCGGGAGCAGUGCCGGAUUUUUGCAAGCACAACAGCGACAACAGCAGCAGCAACGACUGUUGCAGCAACAGCAGUUGCAGCAAAAACUGCUGGGGCAACAAAGGAGCUUCUCGCCCAGCGACUUUCAAGUGGAUGACCUGAUCGAGGAGGAGGAGAGCAACGAAUUGGAUUGUCAGUAUUGAUGGGGUUUUGCUGUUGUUGCUUAAGGAGCAGGCAAAACACAUACACAACAAGUGCUACAUUCGUUGAUUUAUUUGUGUGUUUGUGGAUACUCUUAUUAUCCCUUUGUGUUUGUGUGUGUGUUGUGUUCGUUGCAUUUACACAAAAACGAACGAAUUGACAGCACGGAGCACAAAGUGGGAGAGUGGCUAAGACGAGAUAUGAAGCACCCAAAGCAAGACGAGAGGGAAUUCUUCCUGGCAGGCAAGCAACAACGCAAGCAACAUACACAAAACAUAAGCAAACAACAUCCACCAACCAAAAAUAUUUAAUUUAUAAGGUUUACGUUUAAAUAACACUGGUACUUUAAGAGAGCACACAGCAAGCAACAAAACUAGCAGAGAUACAUAUAGUGUAGCAUCGAUGAUAUCGGACCCCUGAGAAAUCGAACCCAUCAACAACCUCAAAAACCAACAACCAACAACAACAACCAGAACCAGAACCAGAUGAUGGUAUCCAGAGAGCUUACCAUUAAUCGUAAACUAUAGCCUAACGUAAAACUGUAACUGAACGUAACAAAUCGAUGUUUAUCCGUAAAACCAUCGAUAAUUUCGAUAUUUUUUUUUCGUUAUGAAUACGUAUUGCCAGGGUUUUACGUAACAUGUAACCAAAAUAUUACGGAUUGUUUAAUGUAUUUUUUUUUUUUUUUUGUAUAUUUUUUUUCCUCUUUUUUAAUUUUUUUUCUAUGGUAUAAAUAGUUAAUUUAUGUGAGCAGAAAAACCACCGCCUAAUGAGAAAUACUGUAAUGGAAAUCAUAGCAUAAACCAAGCUCAAGCUUGUGCAAGUUUGUUUGAAUUUUGGAUUCAAACCAAGAAAGUUCUUCCCCCAAAAAACAACAAAACCAAAAUUCUCAAGCAAAAAUAAUAAUUAUUAUCAGGAGACUGGAGGAGCAAAUGUAGAAUAAUAACCGAAUAAUAUUACAAAUUAAAUAAUUAGUUUUUUUUUUUUUUUGAUUUGUUCACUUUAAGUUAUAAUAUAAUACACACACACACCUAUAUCUGGUCACAUUUAAACCAAUAACAACAAAUACAACAACAGCAACUAAUUAUGUCAUAAUUUAUGCUUACUACAUACAUACAUUUAUACUUUAUACAUUGCAACAAAGAAAAAUUGAAGGCAAACAAGAGAGAAGAUUUAUAAUCACUAAACAUUAAGCGAAAAGGACGAAAUAGAUGGAGAGUUUGGCAUCGAUAACGAUAACAAAUGCGAAUGACUAGGCAAAGGAAAAACAAAAACUAAAUUCUAAGUGCUUAUUCUUAAUACACAAGCAAGUUAAUUCGUAACCCAAUACUAUUAUCAGAUAUAUACAAACACAUAUUUAAGUAUAUGUAUCCUUUUUUCUUUUUUUUUUUUUAAUUUUGCUGUAAAAUUAAAUAUUUAAAAAACUAGAAUGAGAAAAGAACUUAAGCUUAGAUUUACAAACUUGUUCCUGUGUUGUUGUUAAAGAAAAAGAAUUGUAAAAUAUACAUACAGUACAUA